AUGCAGGAGACGUCUGGACCUUCCAGUGCCUUUACCGUUGAAGACAACACGGUGUGCAUUGUUGGCAUGUCGUGCCAUCUCCCUGGUGGAAUCACCUCACCAUCGGGGCUUUGGGACUACCUGUACAACAAGAAGACUGCACAAUGUACCGUGCCACUGGAGCGAUACGAUGUUAAGGGAUUCUACAACAAGGAUGGUAGCAGGGCUGGUGUCAUGGCUGUGGAUGGCGGAUACUUCAUCAAUGAAGAUGUCCGCAAGUUUGACCCUUCUUUCUUUGGCAUCAACAACCUCGAAGCCUCGUACAUGGACCCUCAGCAGCGAAAGCUGCUCGAGGUUGUCUACGAGUGUUUCGAGAAUGCCGGACUAUCCAUGGAAGAUGUGAACGGUACUAGCACGGGAGUGUACGUUGGAAACUUCACUGCCGAUUACUCCGUCAUGCAGUCUCGUGAUACCGACUAUUCGCACCGUCUUGCUGCUACCGGUAGCGGCACAUCGAUCAUGGCCAACCGUAUCAGCCACGUCUUCAACUUGCACGGACCCAGUUUCACUCUCGAUACUGCUUGCUCGUCCACCAUUUACGCGCUCCACCAGGCCGUGAAUGCGAUCAAGAAUGGCGACUGUGACUCCGCCAUCGUUGCUGGUGCCAACUUGGUCAUGUCGCCUGAGCAACACUUUGGAACUGCCAAGGGUGGCUUCUUGUCGCCAACCUCUGCUUGCCACACCUUUGAUACCUCUGCAGAUGGCUACGCUCGUGCUGAGGCUCUCAACGCCAUUUUCAUCACCAAGCUCACCUCUGCAAUGAAGAGUGACCGCAAGAUCCACGCCGUCAUUCGUGGAACUGCCAUCAACGCCAACGGCAAAACCCCCGGUAUCACUCUGCCAGAUGCCAAGAUGCAGGCGGCUGUCAUUCAAAAGGCCUACCAGAACGCCGGCCUCUCAUUCGCUGACACCGACUACGUCGAGUGCCACGGUACCGGCACUCCGGUUGGUGAUCCCAUAGAAGUGGAUGGCAUUGCGGCCUGUUUCGCAGGCCGCGAGGGUGAGCCCCUACGACUCGGGGCAGUUAAAACAAACAUGGGCCACAGUGAAGCCGCCAGCGGUUUGACUUCCAUCAUCAAGUGUGCCCUUGCUUUUGAGCAUGGCGUGAUUCCACCCACCUACGGUGUGAAGAACAUCAACCCCAAGUUGAAACUCAAGGAGCGUAACAUGAAGGUCAUGACUGAGAAUGAACCAUGGCCAAGAGCCAUCCGCCGUGCCAGUGUGAACUCCUUUGGCUACGGUGGUGCCAACGGACAUGUUAUCCUCGAGUCCAUCGGCAGCUACUUUGUUGGCUCGCUGGCAUCCUCUCCGGUCUCGCGAACUCUGACCAGCCCCUACGAGUCCAGCAAGGAUCAGGUUUUCGUGCUUCCAUUCUCCGCCUCAUCGGGCAAGUCUUUGGAAGCUCGCCGCAAGCAAAACAUUGAGACCCUGGAGCGAACUGAACCAAAGGAUGUCAAGGCUCUGGCUGCUGCCAUGAGCAAGCGACAGGCCAAGCUACGUCUGCGCGACUUUGUCCUCGCCUCUGUCAAGCCUGACUCUCAGCCAUCGCUGAUCGAGACGGCUGACGCUGGCGACAAAGCUAGCCCUGGUGCCCAGCCUCUUCCCUUUGCCUUUGUCUUCACUGGUCAAGGUGCUCAGUACGCCAACAUGGCCAAGGAGCUCAUCGAGAACGAUGCUGGCUUCUUGGCUACCAUUCGCGAUCUUGACGAGGUCUUGCAAUCGCUGCCUGCCGAAUACAAGCCUUCUUGGACGCUGGAGCAGACUCUUCUUGACAAGCCUGCAGUGAGCAAGAUCAACGAUGUCACUCGCAGUCAGCCAAUCUGCACCGCCGUUCAGGUUGCUCUUGUCAACAUGCUACGCACCUGGGGGGUCAGCCCAACAGCUGUUAUCGGUCACUCCUCUGGAGAGAUUGCGGCUGCAUACGGCGCUGGUCUGCUCACUGCGUCCGAGGCCAUUCUGGCCGCUUACUUCCGAGGCUUCGCUGUCGGCCAGCUCAAGUCCCGUGGCAACAUGAUGGCUGCCGGUAUCUCCCCAGAUGCCGCCAAUGCUCUGAUUGAGGAGCUGGGCCUGAAGGAAGUCCGGGUUGCUUGUGUCAACGCCCCCGAGAGCGUCACCAUCAGUGGUGCCAUCAAGGAUAUUGAGGCUCUCCAGGCUGAGCUCCAGAAGGAGGGCAAGUUUGCUCGCAAGCUUGAGACUGGUGGCCGCGCCUACCACUCUCACAUGAUGGUUGAGAUUGGCGACUUGUACGAAUCGCUUGUCACUCCUCACUUCACCACCAAGAAGGAUGGCGACAUGGAGGCUGAGAUGUUCUCUACCGUCGGCCACUCCCCUGAUGCUCUCGGCACUGUUGAUGCCUCCACCAACAUGGCCUCUUACUUCCGCAAGAACCUUGAGCAGCCAGUUCAGUUCAGCGCCGGCUUGACCAAGAUGAUCACCGGUGACAAGUACCACUUGGUUGAGAUUGGCCCUCACUCGGCCCUCAAGGGUCCUAUCCAGCAGAUCCGAACCGGUGCCAAGCGCGACAAGGAGGCUGUUCCCUACUCCGCCACUCUCGUCCGCAAGGAGAAUGCCUACAUCUGCUUGAAGAAGCUUGCGGGAACUCUCUUCUCCUACGGCCACUCUCUGGACUGGUACGCUAUUAACAGCGUCCCACGACACCAGUCCCUUCCUGUGCCUAUUCUGGCUUCGUACCCCUGGGACUACUCCAAGCCGCUGCCCUGGCAUGAGCCUCGUGCCAGUGUUGAGCACCGUAACCGAAAGCACAUCCGCCACGAACUCCUGGGAAGUCGAGCCACAGCUGGCAACGGCAUCGAGUGGUGCUGGCGAAACAUUCCUCGCGUGUCCGAGAUGCCAUGGCUGCGCGACCACAAGCUCGGCGAGUCACAAAUUGUCUUGCCAGGAGCUGCAUACAUGUCCAUCGCCAUCGAGGCUCUCUCGCAAGUGCUGGACAUCAAGGGCAAGCUCGUUGCAGGAGAGCCCUACGGAUUCGAAUUCGAAAACGUCAACAUCAGCGCAGCAUUUGUUGUGCCUGAGGAGAACGACUCCGGCGCUGAUAGCCUUGAGCUUCACACGGUCAUGACCCAGCGAAAGAUUUCCACCGCCAAUACUUCUGGUAACUGGUACGAGUUCUCCGUCUCUUCUUUCCAGUCUGGCGUUGCCACUCUGCACUGCAUGGGCAGCAUCCGAGUCUCUGAUUCUACUCUGGCUGCCAAAGAUGGAGCCGUUGAGGUCAAUGAGCAGGGCUACGAAGUCUGGGGCAUGGCCCGCUGGUAUGCCAAGGCAAAGGAAGAGGGCCUCAACUUUGGACCGACCUUCCAGUCACUGACCAGCCUCCACACUGACGGCAACCGAAUCUCGGCGGAUUCCAUCUCAACCACGUACCUGGCUCCUCCUUCUGAAGCUGCCAAUGGCAUGUUCUAUGCCAUGCACCCCAUCACCAUUGACGCUUGUUUCCAAGCCGCCAUUAUUGGAGGCACUGCCGGUGUCAUCAAUGAUCUCAAGGCCUUUAUUCCUUGCUUCAUCUCCAACUGCUCCAUCCAGAUUCCCAAGGGUGGCUCUGCAAGCCUGGGUAGCGAAGAGGUCAGAAUUCACACGAGCAUGGAGAAGACUGGCUUUGCCUCUCGCGCUGUUGCCUUCACUCUUAGACUGCCAGACGGCACCCCGGCUAUUGACGUCCCUCACCUUCGCAUGAACUUGUACACUGGAAAGCCUCCUGUAGAGGCUGAAACCAGCAUGUAUCUCCAGCGACAGCCGUGUCUGCGAAUCCAGUGGAAGCCUGAUGUUCUCCGUCUCCAGCCCGGUUCGGAAAGCGCCAUUCGAGACAUCAUUGAGGCGUUCUCAGAGGAGCAAUCCGAUGAUUUGAACGACAAUGGAGCUCUCGUGGUGUUUGCCGCUCUGCUUGAUCUCUUCGGCCACAAGAUUCCCCGCAUGAGUGUGUUGGAGCUUGGACAGGAGCGCCAAUGGACUCCCAAGGACUGCCAGGCUAUUUUGGGCAAGGACACUGCGUUCCCUCGCUUCAAGUCAUGGAACGAUGGUAAGCUUGGAGAGGACAACAAGAUUGCUGUUGAGAACGCUAAGAGCACCGAUCCCUACGACACUAUCCUCAUCCCUCAUCUCUCUGUCUCGAAGAAGGUUUGGAGCAAGGCAGCAGACGAGGUCAUCUCUCAAGUUUCGGACAAUGGCAUUAUCAUCACUCGCAAGACCAAGGACGCCGUUUCUGCUCUUCAGGCAGCUGGCUUUACCACCCUGGAGCUGCCCAACGAGACUCUUGCUGCUGUUCGCAACGCCAAGCAGACUGGAUUGGAGAACAAGGAGGUUGUUAUUGUCAAGCCUAACCAGUCUUCUGCUUCCAUUGAUGCCCUUGCCGAUGCUGUGGCUGCUCACUUCAAGAAGAAUGCCGGUGUCGAGAAGCUGAGCACUGUGACCAUUGCCAACAUUGAAACUGUUGCUCUCCACGAUCAAGUCGUCUGCGUGUCUGUCAUGGAGAUGGAGAACGAGUUCCUGGCCACCAUCAGCAGCGAGGAUAUGGAUCGCUUCCGCAAGAUCACUGACACUGUUAGCGAUCUCAUCUGGCUGACUGGAGCAAACAUGCUCUCUGCUCCCAACCCCAACCUUACCUUGUCUAGCGGUCUCUCACGAGCCCUGAUGCUGGAACAGCCAGCUCUGCGAUACACUGUUCUCGAUGUCGGCGCGGACAUUACCAAGUCCAGCUACCUUGAAACCAUCUGCAACAAUGUGUCGGCGGCUUUGACGUUCCGCUACGCUACCGACGACAAAGAGUUCAUCCAGAAGGACGGCAUUCUCUAUGUCAGCCGCUUCACUCCCGAUUUCGAGCUCAACUCUCUCUUCCGCCAGCGCAUGACGCCAAACGACACCAUGAAGCUGGUUCCUCUUGGAGAGGUCGGCCCGGCAAAGCUCUCUGUUGGCCAGGUUGGCAUGACUGAUACGAUUCACUUCCAGCAGAUCUCCGAGCUCAAGACCACCCCUCCCACCGGCUUUGUGGACGUUGAUCUGCGCGCUGUUGGCCUCAACGCCAAGGACAUCUACGCCAUCAACGGACGUGUCGAGACCAAGGAAGCCACCACCGCUCUGGACUUUGGCGGUGUCGUCUCGGCUGUUGGGCCCGGUGUCGAGCAUCUCAAGGUGGGAGACCGAGUUGCCGGUUUCAUUCCCAACCACUUCAGCACCACGGAGCGAGUUCCCGUGCAGGCCGUCCACAAGAUGCUGCCUGAAGAAGAGUUCACCGUUGUGCCUACUCUUCUCGGCGUCUACUGCACUGCUCUCGUUGCCCUCAAGGACCGCGCUCAUCUGCGUGCCGGCGAGUCCGUCUUGAUUCACUCUGGUGCUGGUGCUUUUGGUCUCGCGGCCAUCACCCUGGCCAAGCACUUGGGCGCCACGGUUUACGCAACUGUGGGCUCUCAGUCAAAGCGUGAGUAUCUCGUCAAAGAGAUGGGCGUGCCAACUGAGAACAUCUUCCACUCGCGCAAUGCCUCCUUCGUGGACGACAUCAUGACUGCUACCGGCGGCCGAGGCGUCAAUGUCAUUGUCAACUCCCUGAUUGGCGAUCUGAUGCACGCCUCUUGGUCUUGCAUUGCUCCCUUUGGACGCUUCGUCGAGAUUGGCAAGCGUGAGCUGAUUGACGCGGGCAAGCUGGAUAUGCGCAUCUUCUUGAAGAACGCUACCUUUUCUGCCUUUGACUUGUCAGAGUUCUUCUACGACUCUGACAGCUACUACCAGGACGUUGUCUACAACCACACCGCCGAAGUGGUCAAGAUGUACCGUGCCGGUAUCAUCAAGGCUUCUCCCAUUGCGACUUAUGAUGUUUCCGAAAUUGGCCACGCCUACCGCUACUUUGGUAACAAGGACCGUGUCGGCAAGGUUGUCGUCUCCAUGGAGAACCCCAACAGCCUAGUUCAAGUUAUGCCUGCAACUUACCAGUCCGUCUUCAGCCCUGAGAAGACCUACUUGCUCGUGGGCUGCCUGGGUGGUCUAGGCCGCAGUCUCAGUCGCUGGAUGAUGUCUCGCGGCGCUCGCAAGUUCUGCUUCCUGGGACGUUCCGGAUGCGAUAAGGCCAGUGCUGCUGAGCUUGUAAACCGUCUCCGCGAUGCCGGUGCUACUGUGACUGUCGUCCGUGGCGAUGUUUCUGAGGAGGACCAUGUUCGUGAGGCUGUCGUUGCAGCUGCCAAGGACGGUCCUAUUGGUGGUGUUGUCCAAGCUGCCAUGGGCCUUAGUGAGGCUCUGUUCUCCGUCAUGACCAACAAGGCCUGGCACACUGGCAUCCAGCCCAAGUGGAAGGGUUCUUGGAACUUGCACAACGCUCUGGAGGGCUAUGACACCGAUCUGGACUUCUUCCUUUUGACUUCGUCCAUCUCCGGAACCUGCGGUACUGCCACUGAGAGUAACUACUGCGCUGCCAACAACUUCCUUGACAACUUUGCCAAGUGGCGCCGCUCUCAAGGCAAGCCUGCCGUGUCUGUUGGUCUGGGUAUGAUUUCAGAAGUCGGAUAUCUACAUGAGAAUCCCGAGAUCGAGGCCAUGCUGCUCCGAAAGGGUAUCCAGCCUCUCAACGAGGACGAGUUCCUCCAAGUCUUGGACUAUGGUAUUGCCGGUCCCUGGAGCGAUGCCGAGUUUGCUCGCGGUGUCUCCAUGCCCAGCGAGGCCGCUCACAUCCUGACCGGUUUGGAGUCUUACGGCGCUCGCAAGCUGAUGGCUCAGGGCUUCGAGGUGAACAAUGGUGUCACCGAGGAGGCUCGUGCAACUAUCCUUGCCGCAUCUCUGCUCGCUGAGAAGGACGCCAAUGACGAAGAGAAGAGCGGCGACGUUGGCCAGCUCGCUGCUGCUGCUGAAUGGUUCAAGGAUGUCCCCUCCAACGCUGUGUCCAUGCUUGCCCCUGAGGCCAGCGCACCGACAAUGCUUGAUGCCAUCCUGCGCCUUACCAAGAAGCGCUUCAGCAACCUGAUCCUGAUGCAGCUUGAUGCGGUCGAUGAUCGCGCUCCUCUUCCCUCAUUUGGUGUUGACAGUAUGCUUGCUGCCGAGUUCCGAACUUGGUUCUUCAACACUUUCAAGGUUGAUGUGCCUUUCUUGGACAUUGUCAGCCCACAGAAGUCUCUGCACACGCUGGCAGAGUUUGUGGAGGAGAAGCUGUUGGCCAGCUGGGCCUAA